AUGUCGUACCAGGCUGUGGUCCACCGUGAACCCCCUGAUGGGGGCUGGGGGUGGAUGGUGGUCUUGGCUGCCUUCAUCCAGUCGGCCCUGGUCUUUGGGGUGAUCCGCUCCUUCGGGGUCUUCUUCGUGGAGUUUGUGGAGUACUUUGACGAGCUGUCCAGACGCAUCUCCUGGAUCACGUCCAUCGGGAUAGCCAUGCAGCAGUUUGUCAGUCCUGUGAGCAGCGCUCUCAGCACUCGCUAUGGGGCACGCCCCGUCGUCAUGGCCGGCGGGUUCUUCUCCAGCCUGGGGCUCUUCUUGGCGUCCUUUGCCACCAGCCUGGCUCACCUGUACCUCUGCAUUGGGGUUCUCUCCGGUUUUGGCUGGGCCUUGGUCUUCACCCCCUCCAUGGCCUCCAUGGCGCGUUAUUUCAAGGCCCGCCGGACACUGGCCACGGGCUUGGCGUUAACCGGUGUGGGCCUGUCCUCGUUCGCCUUCUCCCCGCUCUUCCAGCUCUUGGUGGACACGUACGCAUGGCGCGGGGCCCUCAUGAUCGUGGCGGGCAUGUCCUUCAACCUGGUGGUUUGCGGGGCCCUCAUCCGGCCGCUCACCCUGAAAGAGGACCUGGCUGGCCCGACCACAGGGGACUCAGCAGGGAUGGGCCUGAAGAAGUUCUCCUCGCUCUUCGGCCUCCACCUUUUGUCCCACUGGCCUUUCAUGCGAUUCGUCCUCGCCGUCACCCUCAUCAACACGGGAUAUUUCAUCCCCUACGUCCACCUGGUGGCCCGAGCAAGGGAGUUAGGCUUUGACGAGUACAAGGCCGCUUUCCUGAUGUCUGUGGCUGCCGUGGCCGACCUGUGCGGCCGCCUCUUCUCCGGUUGGCUGGGCAACUGUCGGGCUUUCCGUCUGAUCCACAUCUUGGUGACCUGGACGUCUCUGACCGGCGUAUCCUUGGUGCUGAUACCGUGGGGACACAGUUAUCCGCUUCUUGUGGCCAUUAGUCUCUGCUACGGUUUCUUCUCUGGAGCCCUCACUCCUGUGGUCUUCUCCAUCAUUCCCGAGAUUGUGGGCAUCAGAAACAUCUUCAGUUCCAUGGGCCUCCUGCAAAUGAUAGAGAGCAUUGGGGGGCUGCUGGGGGCACCCCUUUCAGGUUUCCUGAGGGACGUCACGGGUGACUACAUCGCCUCCUUCUUAACGGCCGGCUCCUUCAUCAUGGCUGGAAGUCUGGUUUUGGUCACCUUGCCCGGCUUCUCUGCUUGCUCGACUCGGCCCUCUCUGCAAGAACCAGAUGCAAUGAUGGAGGCUGGGGAAGGCUCUCCCUUGGGGUCGGCUCCUGUUCCUGUGGGGGCCCCCUCUCCCGACGACAGUCCCCCCUAUGAGACAAUACCCAGGACAGAAAAGACAUUCCCUACCAGUUGA